AUUUGGGCUUGAAAUUGGUUGAAAUGGAAAUCCCAAAAUGGGAAUCAAUUCAUCCCAGAACCAGAGCUGAAAACGGUUACAAUACCCGCUUAUCAGUAUCUGGUUAAAAUACCGGCUAAACCCGCUGGUGGAUGUAACGAGUUGAUUCGGGUACAGAUAGUAGCGUAUAUCGAGCACAACCCGAUCAUUUUUGCACUGAGUCUGCGCACACACCCCAAAAUUUGAAGAUAGUAGCGUAUAGUGAGCAAAAAACCCGAUCAAUUUCGCACUUAGUCUGCGCACGCAUCCCAAAAUUUGAUGAUGUGUAAGUGGGAGGAGUUACACUUUGAUACUUGUGGUUUGUAUGUGUGAUUGACGUGUGACAGUGAUUGUUGGCAAUGAUGACGUCAUGCCAGUACACCCGCUACGCAUACAACAUGCUACCAGUUACAAUAUGAACUGGUGUGACAUUUUUUUCAACUUGAUACCAGCUACUGGCGAGUAGCAAGAAUUUACAGUACGGGUACAGUAGUUACCUGCUGUUAGCGAGUACCGUUUUCAGCUCUACCCAGAACCAAAACAAUUUUUUCAAUACCACUACCAAUCCCAAAAAUGAAAUAAAAAUUUAGAACAAAACUGAAUAACAAAUCCAAUCUUGAAAAAAUGAAUAAAUUUUGAUCCCAAAACUGAAACCCAAUCUCAAAAUACCCUAGUACCACUCAGGUACUACCAAAGUACCACUCAGGUACCAAACCAGCACUCAGAUACCACCAAGGUACCACCGAGGUACCACCCCAGUACCAAGGAUGUACCAUGUACCACUCAGGUACCACCGAGGUACCAUCAAGCAAGGUAUCCAAGUGAUACCUGAGUAGUACUGUACCUUGGUUUCUUAAAAAUGGCCCAAAUUGAGUUGACACAAAUCAUGUGACAUAAUUAUGUACUUAUUAUUUUCUGUGUUUUCAAUAGGUAGCGCUGAUUUCCAGCAAUUAAUUUUUGUGAUACAAACCGCAUUUAGCUCAGCAAUGAAUGAACUUCCAAAUUUCGAAAUAAGGGGAAAACGUCAAGUGACCUAUGAUUGGUUGGAUUUUCAAAGGUGCUCAUUUUGAAUAUUGACUUACUUUUUCAAUACAAGCCUCAUGUAUCUCAUAAUGAGCCUCCCAAAUAUUCAAUCCAUGUUAUUGAUAGAAUUAAAGGUACCUUAAAAAAUUCCCAUCCAGAUGCCAAAAGUGUCGCAAAAUACAAACACAAUUGGCUCACAAUACAACAGUUUGGUAACAAUGGACCUCUCAAUGCACUUGAUUGAAGCCACAAUCGGCUAAGUAAGAUGCAAAAACAAGGACUAAAUAUUAAUUCACUAAACAAUGAAAAUCACCAAUUGUACUUACAUAAAUAAAAUCACUUCAACACAUUUCUAAAAACUGAUUGAAGUAAAGAAAAAAAAUAAAUCUUUCAAUCAAACGAGGCUUUCCUAUAAAAGACAGCGAUAAUAGUUGAUGAAAAUUUUGCUAAAAUUUUCCAAGGCUAAAAAUUCAGAUGGCCUAAAUAUACGAUUUGACGUUUUUGAAUUUAAUCAUCCAACACAAAUACAUAAUAUAAAUAACUGGUGAAAAUAAUAAGUUGAGGAUUUGACACUUAAUUAAACGAUAACAUCAAUAUGUAAAUUACACGCCAAUAAAAUUAUUUCACUCGAGAUGAAACAAUGAAGACGCCAGCGUAGGUAUCUAUUACUCGUAUCUUAUAUAUAUUUAGUAACGAGUCGUAGGCGAAAUUUUCUCAUUUGUCGGUCUCACGGAUGCAGAAGUGGUAAGUCAAUUUUUUCAUUUUCGUAAUAUGCUUCAAAAAAAUCGAAUAUGAUAUACCUUUUUUUCUUGACUACGUAUGAUUUUUAUAAAACUUCAAACAAUUACAACUCCAUAUAAAAUCUCACACGACGGGUGUAAUAAUCAAGUAAUUACAAACAUCCAAAAAAAAAAAAAAAUUCUGAAAAAUAUAAAUUUGAAAAACAUGUGGAUGGAAUAAUUUUUAAAGCAUUUGUAACGCAAAAUGAAACAAAAUGUUGAAUAAAAAAAUACCAAAAUGUAAUUUUAAAUUUAAAAAAAAAAAAAAAAAAAAAAAACUAUUGGAAAUAUUGCAAAAGUGAUCAGAAAAUAACAAAAAAUCUGGUGAAAAUACGAUUUAAAAACAACAAAACGUGAGCAAAAAGUACAUACCUACAAAAACAUCAAAGAAAUAUUUUAAAAUGCUGUAAAAUCAUUAAUUUCGAAAUGUUUUUUGGUUAUUUUCAAGAUUUGAAUUUUUUAAAAAGUUGAUCGUAUUCUAAAUUUUUGUUUUUAUUUUAUAUUUUUGUUGUGGUUGAGGGGGGGGGGAUGAUUCUCAAUCUAGACCUACCAGAAUUAAGAAUAUGCAAGGUGAAGUGUCAAAUAUUGAUUGAGGGGCCAAAUGUUGAUUAUUUUUCUACUAACUUUGAAAAGAAUAUCUACCUACUUCGUUAAAAUUUUUACAGUGGUCCUCAAAAAUUUUCUGUGAUCAUCCUGCCUCAUUCUAACACUACUUUUGUUGAUUUCCAUGUAAAUUUUCCAAAGACAGAAUGGCAGAAAGCAAUUUCUAACAACUCAGAAUAUCAUAUGCGCUGAAAAGUAACUCCAUGGAUAAUACAGAAGAGACGAAUGAUACUUCGAAGGAAAUCAACAAUCCCAUCGAGAAUAAAUGCGGAUGUCUGAAUUUAUGUAAGAUCAAAGAACGUGUCAAAUCAUGGAUCGAGCUUUUAUUCGAACCCACAGAUCCCAGUUCAAUAGCUUUCUUCAGGAUAUCAUUCGGAAUCUUGAUGAUGUUGGAUAUACCACACGAAAGACAAUUGGCAGCAGUGGACAAAAGAUGGGGUGAUCCAAAAUUAUGCCAUUUUCCAUUAAUUCAUUCAUUGAGGCCACUUCCUUACAACUGGAUGUGUAUAGUAUACUUAAUAAUGUGGCUGGGCACCAUUGGAAUAGCACUAGGAUAUCACUUUCGAAAAAGCUGCCUAGCUUUUGUGAUCCCCUACUGGUACAUCGUGCUGCUAGAUAAGUCCCACUGGAACAACCAUACUUAUUUAUUCGGUUUGAUAUCCAUUUUAUUAUUUUUUACAGACGCUAAUGCAACUUGGUCUAUAGAUCAAUACCAAGGCAGAGCUCCAAAAAAUCCACCAUUUUGGAAUUACUUCCUUCUACGCUACCAAGUAUUCAUUUUAUAUUUCAUGGCAGCUGUGAAGAAAGUAGACUUCGAUUGGCUGGCAGGACACUCGAUGGAGCAUUUAUCCCAUCAUUGGAUUUUCACACCGUUCAAAAUUUUCCUCACCAAUAGACAGAUCGAUUUCUGGAUCAUACACAUAACAGGCUUCUUAAUCGAUGCUUUUGCUGGAUUUGGACUACAGUUCAAGAAAACUAGACCGGCAACUUUAUUUUUUCUAUUUCUGUUUCAUACGAUGAAUUCGAGGAUGUUUAAUAUAGGUAUGUUUCCUUAUGUCGGACUGGCCACAAUGUUUAUUUUUUGUGACCUUGACUGGCCUAGAAAAUUACUACACAAGGUCACUAGGAAAUCGAAACCAACCUCGAGUGAUAUGGAAAAGAUGAAGGUAUCCAAAGCGAAGAAAUGUGUAGUUGUGGUCGGUAUUACGUUCUAUGUGUUCUGGCAAUUGUUUAUGCCAUUUUCUCAUUCUAUUACCAAGGGAUACAACGCUUGGACCACCGGUCAAUAUGGAUACAGUUGGGAUAUGAUGGUUCAUGCUUGGAAAACGUCCAUGGUAAUGGUCAAGGUAGUAGACCACAACAAUGGCAACAUUCAUUAUCUAGAUGCAGAGGAGUGGACUCCAAAUGAUAAAUGGACCAAACAUCCCGAUACACUGAUCCAAUAUGCUCAAUGUGCUGAAAAAAAUCUUAAAGAGAUGAACAUCCACAACAUAUCGAUAUACGUAGAUGUCUGGACAUCGCUGAAUGGUCGUUUUUAUCAAAGGAUGUUCGAUCCCAGAGUUGAUCUUUUGAGAGCUGAAUGGUCUCCGUUUACAGAUACACCUUGGGUAUUGCCAUUAAUGACCGAAUUAUCUGGAUGGAGGUAUAAAAUGAAACAAAUACAAGACGAAGUGUACGCUACGUCUAAUUACAGCGAUGUCAUUUUUGUAGCUGAUUUCCCAGGAAUGUAUUUGGAAAACUACGUCGACGAAUCCCUGAUCAAUGUAACCCUAUCAGUAUUACAAGGUCGUGUAAGAAUCAGAUUUCCUAAUAAUAGAAGUUCGGAACUAGAAACUAGUCAAACUGACCAUAUACCUAGGAGAACAUUUCACGAAGUUCAUACCGUUUCACAAAUACCCUCGUGUUAUAUGUAUUUAUUUUUCAAUAAGACCUUAAUGGAUAUGGGAGAGUAUCCAGAACCAGAUCAUCCAUCUACUUCGAAUAUGUUUAACGAUAUUCGUAAACGUAUUGUAGGAAUUAAUCGUUCCAUUUAUUUAAUCGGUGAAGCCAUUUUGGCUAUUUUGAGAGAAAAUGUUGUAUUUGCUUGAAUCCGGGUACCAUACCUUUGCAAUUAUUGUUUCUAAAUACAAGGUAGUCAUGCUGUUGUUA